AUUUUGAGAUUAGCAAAACAAAACAGAACUUUGACAACCAACGCAUCCCCACUGUUAAGUAUUUGUCUAUUGCUAAUUGCUAGCAUGACGUGUGGGUUUGAUCGUUUAUCCGCUUUGUAAUUACAAGCAAAUUCAACCAUUCAAUUCCAUUUCAAGAUUGCCUAAAUCAUACUCUUCUUCUCCCCCACUUCAUGAUUUGUGCACAAACGAGUUAAAUUUCGGGAAACCCUUUUCAAAUAUUAAACUCUCCCACUCAAUUCUCCUCUGAUUUCUUCAAAUUUGUGUUCCUUGGCUGAAUUCCUCAUCUGGGUCACUUCUAAUUUCCGCAGCUCACUCAAAAUCGAAGGGAAUAAUCUUCUUCACGUUUCUCUGAUAUGGGUUCCGUUUUGAAGUUCGUCGUGUUUUCGCUUCUAUUAGCUUCUGCCUCUUCCCAUAUCAAUUCCAGCGAUGAGGGUUUCAUUUCGAUGGUCGUAUCCCAAAAGGGUCUUAACUUCAUCAAGGAUUUCUUGAUAGACAAGGCAAUUUCCUCCAUCAUUCCCCUUCGUUUGCCCAACAUUGAGAAGACUGCCAAUAUUGCUCUUAUCGGCAAAGUUCAUAUGGGUCUUUCCGAUAUAAUCAUUGGCAGCAUCGAGGUCGAAUCGUCGGAUAUUCGGAUCGGUGAGACGGGUGUCAACAUAGUUGUUACGAAAGCCACUGCUAAUAUGAGUAUGAAAUGGCAAUAUACGUACAACACUUGGUUGUUCGAAAUUUCUGAUAAAGGAGACGCCUCUGUUCAGGUUGAUGGUAUGAAUAUAGGCCUAACUCUGGGUUUAAAUCAACGAAACGGAACUCUUGGGCUGUCUCUUUCAGAAUGCGGAUGCAAUGUCAAACAUAUCUCCAUACACGUGCACGGUGGCGCAUCUUGGCUUUACCAAGGGUUGGUUGAUGCUUUUGAAGGAAAAAUAGAGUCAACAGUUGAAGAUAAUAUUUCCAAAAAAAUUAAAGAAGGGGUCGUAAAGCUCGACUCGUCGUUGGGGUCACUUCCACGAGAAAUCUCGCUAGCUCAUGUUGCGGUUCUAAACGUCACUUUUGUGGGGAGCCCUGUGUUGUCCUCUUCUUCCAUUGAAUUCAAAAUUGAUGGUUUAUUCAGCCCUUUGAACAAGACAAUAGUUUCUAGCUAUAACCGAGCCGAUACCGAAGAUUCCAGCAAUGGAAUAUCUCGACGUGAAAAUGUUCUCGAUUCAGCUUCUCGUGUUCCCUUUAGAUAUCUCCGUAAUGAAACUGAAGGUUCUGUCUACUGCAAUGAUUCUGCUAAGAUGCUUGAGAUCUCUCUACAUGAAAGUGUCCUCAACUCUGCAUCACAAGUUAUCUUUGAAAAUUUUAUGCACUGGAUCGUGGACAAAAUUCCUGAUCAGCACCUUUUGAACACUGCAGCAUGGAAAUGGAUUAUUCCUCUACUCUACAGGCAGUAUCCCGAUGACGAUAUUGUCCUGAAUAUCUCCGCCUCCUCUCCACCUUCCUUGAGACUGCGAGACCAAGAUAUCGCCGCCUCGAUUUAUGUCGACAUGAUAAUCGAGGUUGUAAACAAUGAUGAAGUUAUACCGGUUGCUUGCAUUUCAUUGGAAGUUACUGCCUCUUUUUCUCCAGUAAUCUUGGAGAAGAAUUUGGUUGGUCAUGUAACCUUGGAAGAUCUUUCAUUGUCUUUGAAAUGGAGCAAGAUUGGUCGUAUUCACCUUUAUCUGAUUGAGAGGACCCUUGUGGGGUUGAUCAAAACCGUCGUCGUACCGUUUGUCGACCUGUAUCUCUUAAAAGGAGUCCCGUUGCCAAGUUUUCAUGGAUUAGCCCUCGAGGACGUCGAAAUGGCUUUCAAUUCUUCAAGGAUCAUCAUGUGCAGCGAUGUUGCCUUGAGUGAGGGGUUUAGGCAGCUAAAAGCAUCAAUAUGACCGUCAUACACGGCUACUUACGUGUAAAUUUUCUCGUUCAUGUGAAUAGUUAGAAGCAAAAGAAAGUUGAAAGAGGAAACCCAUUUAUUUGUAAACACGUAAUAAAACUAUAGACCAGGCUCGACCCGACCCAUGCAUAUGUAAUUAGGUCAAAGAAGCUCGUGCCCCUUUUCAUCGUUCACGUCCCUACAACUAGAAAUUGAAUUGUGAAUGUUGAUAUUAGAAUGUAAAAGUUAUGCACUUGAUAAUCAAGGAUGUUGACUAUGUCUAGGUAAAGGUAAGAUACUCAUGCACGGCUGUCGACGACAUUGCUAGUUUCAAGAACACGAAAUAUGCAUAUAAUUAUAUUUAAUUUCGUA